AUGAAGGGCCUCGCUCGCUCGUUUGUUUAUUGGCCAGGAAAAGAUGCUGACAUCCAAAACACAGCAAAAUCGUGCCCUGAGUGUGCUCGUCAAGCACACGCUCCCCCGAAGUUUAGUGAACACCACUGGCAGUAUCCCAAAGGCCCCUGGGAAAGAAUACAUAUAGAUUAUGCGGGUCCAGUGGCAGGCUCAAUGUUACUGAUUAUUGUAGCCGCGUACAGUAAAUGGUUGGAGGUGAAGGUCACCAAUACCACCACGACAGCAUCAACGAUUAGUAUUAUGGAUGAGUUGUUUUCGAGAUAUGGAGUACCAAUAACCGUUGUGUCGGACAAUGGCCCCCAAUUCACUGCAGCAGAGUUUAAAGAGUUUUUACAGAAAAGUGGAGUCAAAUUUCACAAGUUAACGGCUCCUUAUCACCCCGCAACAAACGGCCAAGCCGAACGAUACGUGCAAACUACUAAAGAUGCUCUGAAGGCCAUGGGAACUACAGCGUCGACGUUGCACAUAAAUCUCAAUAAGUUUCUACAGCUAUACCGUCUAGCACCACACGCAACUACCGGUGAAUCACCUUCUAAAUUAUUCCUUGGUCGGAGUAUUCGAACGCGAUUUGAUCUAUUGAGGCCCGAAGACGUACAAAUGAAAGUUACGAACAAGCAGCAAUCUCGUUUUGAACCAUCAUUCCGUGAAUUCGUCCUAAAUCAACAGAUCUAUUUCUUAUCCGGCAACCCUCGUAUGGAAAAAUGGAUUCCCGGAGUUAUUACGGCUCGACUUGGAGAUCUACAUUAUGAGAUCGCCUAUGAAGGUAAACGGUUCAAGCGUCACGUCGACCAGAUUCAGUCGAGAAACAGUUUCAAGUGUCCACAGCUAAUCGAAACAACUGAUGCAGAGGAUUCUAGCCAACAAGAGGCUCCAAGGCGCAUCCAUUUCUACGAGAACCGUUCAACUUUUCCGGAGAAUUCUUCUACACCAAUCAGUGCGAGAAGUGCUCCUGUCCAUCCCGAUUCUCCAGAGUUCCGAACACCAACUGGUAGUCCAACUCCUACUAUCAUGCGGCGUUCUAUAAGAAAUCAUCGCCCUCCGAACAGAUACUCUCCGUAA